GGUACAGGGGCUCUUUGGCCAGGAAGGAACGACAGAGACGCCACAACGAGAGGGAAUGGGGAAGGUGUUCCUGGAUCCGACAGAGGCGACAAUAAGGCGGGAGGCCGAGGAGGGGAGGUUCAGCUUCAGGACUCCCACGGAGUUGGCCUCGCAGCAGCCCACCCCUAUGACGAUUGAGACUCCUAGGGACGAGCCGGCGCAGAAACCCCAACCUCCAGUGGUGAAAGGGAGCCCCAUAGAGGAGUCCCCUAUGAUCCUUUUGGAGGUACAGGAGGGUGCCCUCACGGGAGCAGCGGCAUCCGCUGAGUCGGAGGCAAUGGGGGGAGAGGCAUCUCGACUGGAUGAGCUAGCGGCAGCCAUGGAGCUGGACAUGCCGUCGGGAGGGCCUCAGAGACAGGGGACCCCGGUGCGAGAGCACAUCUCAGUGCAGCAGUCGGAGGUUAUGAGCGGAUCAGCGACUGUCAUGAUCCCCCAGCCUUCUGACCUACGUGGGGGCAAGGAGAUGACUGCGAUGGGAGGGAUCCGCGAAGGUAGGCCGCUGAGAUUGGACACUCCCGCGUACCAACCUGAGGGAGAUGAGAUGCUAGCAGGAACGAGUACUCAGAUAAUGGAGAGGGGACCAGCGAAGUCAUGGAGUAUGCCGCAGAGCCACGAGAUGAGCAGGGAGGCCAGUAAGGCACUGCCGUUGCCAGGGUCCCAGAAAAAGAAAAGGAGAUGUCGGGGGAGGUCAGACGAUCAGUGCUUCUUCUGCAAGGACGGCGUACAUAGAGCUCUUGAGUGCCCAAAGUUCCUUAAAGACAAGGCGGCGGGAAGAGUGACGGAAAGAGGUGGAAGGAUGUACGACAGACAAGGGCGAGUGGUAGAACGGGCUCCAGAUGGGGGUAGGGCACAGUUGUAUAGGCAGAACCAGGAGGUCAUGAGCGAGUAGGGGUUGGGCUGUCUAUAUGACAGUAGGAUCAGAGUUCCUCUGUACACAGAGGUCGGUUUAGGGAUGUACAUACUCUGAGUCAGUUGAGUGGGUUCUAGGGGUGUGCAAGUUCAAGUUCGCCGCGAGAGUCCUGUCUAGUUGCAUAUACAUAGAUGGCAGGGCACGUUUGGAUUUUGGGUUUUGUGUGUGGUACAAGUUCGGCAGAUGAGAUUCAGUUGUAAGACACCUGUGACUAUGUGAUUGAACAUUAGUCAUGGAGGCCCGGAAACCUUGUUUACAUUUUUUAAUCGGACCCUGAAAGCCCUAAUCCCUGGCGUGUGAGUCUACCCUGUAGAGUGGAACAGUAAACCCAGUAUUUGAGU